UUUUUUUUUUUUUUUUUGCUAGUAUUUGGGGAAGUUGCAUUGUGCUGGGGCAUGGUUGACCGAAUUGCUUACAUGCAUUCCUUGAAGGAAGAGGCGAUUCCCAUUCCAGACCAAUCUGCCAUCACCAAGGACAAUGUUAGUAUCUUGAUUGACAGGGUUCUGUAUGUUAAGAUUGUGGACCCUCGUCUGGCUUCAUAUGGUGUUGAGAAUCCCUUGUAUGCAGUUAUACAGCUUGCACAGACAACAAUGCGUAGUGAGCUUGGGAAGAUCACCCUUGACAAGACAUUUGAGGAAAGAGACACCCUGAAUGACAAGAUAGUGAUUUCCAUCAAUGAUGCUGCAAAGGAUUGGGGCUUGAAGUGUCUUCGUUAUGAAAUAAGGGAUAUAUCUCCUCCUCGUGGAGUGAGGGCAGCUAUGGAGAUGCAGGCUGAAGCUGAACGCAAAAGGAGAGCUCAAGUUCUUGAGUCAGAAGGUGAUGAAGUCUUGUUCUUUUCCCCUUCAGAUUGCAUCGCAGUCCUUUAUUUUGGUCAAAUGUGUUGAUCUAUUUGUUUAGGGGUAUGGCAACUAUAUUUUAAUGAUUGUCUAGCAAAUUUUAUGAGUUGCUUUUUUGUCUAUUUGUAUAAUCAUGUUAUUCAAAUUGGUUCUAACAGAGUCUACAGGAGUAUGGUUUCAACUUAGAAUUUCAGGCUGCAUGUUAACAAAGCUUUUUCCCAUUUUACUGUGAUAUUAUAUUGGGUUAUUCAGAUGAGGCCUAAGCAGGUAUCUGUGAAUUAUUUUUUCUUUUUGGUGUUUCCCCAAAGUUCUUCAAAUGUUAGUAUAAAAAAUCAACCUUCAUAUGUUUAAAUAUAUUAUAUAUAUGUCUGAACUUCCAUUGCUAUGAUGUGUGCAGGUUUUUGUGUGCAAUCAUACUUCAAUGAUUGAUUUCAUUAUUUUAGAGCAGGUGACUGUUAUUAUGCAGAAGCAUCCUGGAUGGGUUGGAAACAGGACAAUAUGAAGGCAUCAACAUCGAAAUCAUUUUUGUUGCAGGAAAUAGGACAAUAUGAAAGAAUCAAAAUGGACGUCGUUUCUUGAUUUGAACAUUUUUCAUGGAGGUCUUUAUAAAAUGGCAACAUGAGUAAUACUUGAGUACUAUUCUCAUGUGACAAGUUUAUAUGUACCUUUUGGAUUAUGGUGUAACUAUUAGUUUUCUAGAAACAUUUGAU